AUGCUUUGUUAUUUAACAACAAUUGAAGCAAAACUCUAUAACUCAAUUGAUCAGUGUUGGAGAGAGGAUCCUAAUUGGGGUGCCAAGCGCCAGAGGCUAGCUGAUUGUGCCAAAGGGUUCGGGGCUUCGGCCCAAGGUGGAAAGAAUGGGGCGGAAUACGUCGUCACUGACCCAUCUGACGAUCCGGAGAAUCCCAAAUUUGGUACACUGAGAUACGGUGUGAUCCAAACGGAACCACUUUGGAUCACCUUCCAGACUGACAUGAACAUUGUGUUGGAGGAAGAGCUGCUGGUGAACAGCUACAAGACCAUAGAUGGGCGGGGAGCUCAAAUCAGGAUUGGAGAUGGGCCGUGUAUCAGGGUGGCGAAAGUAAGCCACGUUAUUAUCCAUGGAUUGACCAUUGAAAAUUGUCAGAAACAUAAAUCGGGUCCAGCCCGUUGGGUUGAUAACCGGAAGCGAUCCGAUGGGGAUGGUAUCCGGGUACUGAGGUCCAACAACAUUUGGAUCGAUCAUUGCAGGCUUUCUAGUUGUAAAGAUGGGCUCAUUGACGUAAGCUUAAGCUCAACUUACAUCACCAUCUCCAACAAUUAUUUUUCCAACCACAGAAAGGUGAUGCUGUUAGGCCAUUCAGAUAAAUUUUUAAGGGACGUAAACAUGAAGGUCACAGUGGCCUUCAACUAUUUUGGUCCCGAAUUAGUUUCGAGAAUGCCAAGGGCUAGGUUCGGAUCAUUUCACGUUGCAAACAAUAGAUACGAAAAGUGGCUUCAAUAUGCAAUUGGUGGGAGCAUGAAUCCAACGAUAUUAAGCGAAGGCAACCAUUUUGAUGCCCCUGACAAUCCUGAUGCCAAAGAGGUGACGUGGAAAAAGAUCAAAAAGGGAGGAGAUAGAGGGGAGAGAUGGUCGUGGACCAGCAAAGGAGAUGCAUUUCUAAACGGAGCCUAUUUCAAUGGAUCUGGAAUCCCUUGGGAACCUGAUUAUACUCAAACUCAAUAUUUUGCAGCGGCACCCGCACAUGAAGUUGUAGAGUUGACCCAAGAUGCUGGUCCUCUCCAAUGCGACCCCACCCAAGGAUGCUGA